CGGAGGCGGCGGCGGCGGCGGCGGGGCGCGGCGGCACCAUGGAGGCGGCGGCCGCGGCUCCGCGUCCGGGGCUGCUGCGGCUGCUCCUCCUCGUGCUGGCGACGGCGGCGACGCUGGUCCCGGGAGCCGCGGCAUUGCAGUGUUUCUGUCAUCUCUGUACCAAGGACAAUUUCACUUGUGUCACAGAUGGACUUUGUUUUGUCUCUGUCACAGAGACUACAGAUAGAGUUAUACACAAUAGCAUGUGUAUAGCUGAAAUUGACCUAAUUCCUCGAGACAGACCAUUUCUGUGUGCACCGUCCUCAAAAAGUGGGUCUGUUACUACAACAUACUGCUGCAAUCAGGAUCACUGCAAUAAAAUAGAACUCCCAACUGUUGGCCCUUUUCCAGGAAAGCCAUCAUCUGGCCUUGGUCCCGUGGAACUGGCAGCUGUCAUUGCUGGACCAGUCUGCUUUGUCUGCAUCUCACUCAUGUUGCUGGUCUAUAUAUGCCACAACCGUACUGUCAUUCACCACCGAGUGCCAAAUGAAGAGGAUCCUUCGUUGGAUCGUCCUUUUAUUUCAGAGGGUACUACAUUAAAAGACUUGAUUUAUGAUAUGACAACAUCAGGUUCUGGAUCAGGUUUGCCAUUGCUUGUUCAGAGAACAAUUGCAAGAACUAUUGUGUUACAAGAAAGUAUUGGCAAAGGUCGAUUUGGAGAAGUUUGGCGAGGAAAGUGGAGAGGAGAAGAAGUUGCUGUUAAAAUAUUUUCCUCUAGAGAAGAACGUUCAUGGUUUCGUGAGGCUGAAAUUUAUCAAACUGUAAUGUUGCGUCAUGAAAACAUCUUGGGAUUUAUAGCAGCCGACAAUAAAGACAAUGGUACCUGGACUCAGCUCUGGUUGGUUUCCGAUUACCAUGAGCAUGGAUCUCUUUUUGAUUAUUUGAAUAGAUACACAGUUACUGUGGAAGGAAUGAUAAAACUUGCUCUGUCUACAGCAAGUGGACUUGCACAUCUCCACAUGGAGAUCGUUGGUACCCAAGGGAAACCGGCCAUUGCCCAUAGAGAUUUGAAAUCGAAGAAUAUCUUGGUAAAGAAGAAUGGAACUUGUUGUAUUGCAGACUUGGGACUGGCAGUAAGACAUGAUUCAGCCACAGACACAAUAGAUAUUGCGCCAAACCAUAGAGUGGGAACAAAAAGGUACAUGGCCCCUGAAGUUCUAGAUGAUUCCAUAAAUAUGAAACACUUCGAGUCCUUCAAACGUGCUGACAUUUAUGCAAUGGGCUUAGUGUUUUGGGAAAUAGCUCGACGAUGUUCCAUUGGUGGAAUUCAUGAAGAUUACCAGCUGCCUUACUAUGAUCUUGUACCUUCUGACCCAUCCGUUGAAGAAAUGAAAAAAGUAGUUUGUGAACAGAAAUUAAGGCCAAAUAUUCCCAACAGGUGGCAGAGCUGUGAAGCUUUGAGAGUAAUGGCUAAAAUCAUGAGAGAAUGCUGGUAUGCCAAUGGCGCCGCUAGGCUUACAGCCUUGCGGAUUAAGAAGACUCUGUCACAGCUCAGCCAGCAGGAAGGCAUUAAGAUGUAAGGCUGCGCCUGUGCUUGAACUUGCCUUUCCCUUCACAUCUGCUCCUGGGUGUAAUCCAGACGGUCGCUUGUUCUACCUCACUGAGAGGGAACAGAGGAUAUUGCUUCCUUUCACAAGGGUGUGAUGAGGCCAACUGAGAACUCCCCAGGAUUUCUUUGGACCCAGGAAACCAGCCGUGUGGGUCCUUCCUGUGCACUAUGAACGCUUCUUUCCCAGGACAGUUACAAAAUGUCGUGUAGUCUACCUUUAUUUUUUAUUAACACAGAACUUGUUUUUUAAAAGAUGAUUGCUGGUCUUAACUUUAGGUAACUCUGCUGUGCUGAAGAUCAUCUUUAAGGGUAAAGGAGCUGGAUUGCUGUUAUACAAAACAUUUCUUAUUUUUAAAGAAAGUGAUUUACUCCUGGUUAGUACAUUCUCAGAGGAUUCUGAACCACUAAAGAGUUUCCUUGAUUCAGACUUUGAAUGUACUGUUCUAUGAUUUUCAGGAUCUUAAAACUAAUACUUUAAAAACUCUUAUCUUGAGUCUAAAAAUGACCUCAUAUAGUAGUGAGGAACAUAAUUUAUGCAAUUGUAUUUUGUAUAUUAUUAUCGUUCUUUCACACAUUCAGAACAUUACAUGCCUUCAAAAUGGGAUUGUACUAUACCAGUAAGUGCCACUUCUGUCUUUCUAAUGGAAAGUAGUAGAAUUGCUUAAAGUCUGUGUUUCUUAACACCUGUCCAUCAUGUUUUCAUUCAAAAAGUUUUGUUUAUCUGGUUAACCCAGAAUUUUUUCUGUCUCAUUUUUUGGGAAAGGUUUAUGUGGUAUGUCAUUCAGUACUCCAUGGUUGAAAAUGCCUUUCUCCUACCAAAAUGUGCUUAACCACUAAAGAAAUGAAAUGGCAUUAAUUGGUAAAUUAAUAUGGUUAUAUUUGAAUAUUUUCACAUCAGGCUUUUGCAUUUGAGUUGUGUUAUAUAAGUAUACUUUAAAAAUUCAAGUGGCACUGUUAGACACUUAUAAUUACUUUUAAUAAUUUAAAAUUUGUUGCAUAUGGACUAAUUUUUCUCAAAUGGAAAGUUGGUGUAGAUGCUUGUGAAAAACUGUGGCAUCUGAAGGUCAUUUUCUUCUCUAUCUGACCAGAGACAGUGUUUUUCUUUUAAGAAAUGAAUAACAUUUAAAAAUUGAAUAGGCUUUUUCCUUGAAAAGAUAGUUGAUUGUUUGAGUAGCUGACAGGUGUGCAGGAGAGUCAUUCAUUACAUGGCGGUCUGUGUUUGGUGGGUUUUUCUGUCUUUAACUGAAGCUAGAGUUGGGGUGUUUUGAGGUUUCACUUCUCUUGGAGGAAAGAGGAAGGCAGCUUUUAUUUUAACUCAGUCUCCUGUGUGCAAACUCUGCACUUGCCUCACUUCUGUGGGCACGUGAUGGGUUCGUUGAACCCCUGGGAUCUGAGAGAGUGGUAGCUAAUUCUGAGGAGAGAUUCUUUCUCUAUUUUAUAGAUGAUUUGGUCAAAUUAAAUGUUUAAGCAAGCUUGUCAUGUCUUCUCAUAUUGUGUGUAAAUGAGCUCGGAACGAUUGGUUUGUACUCCAGUGCUCGAAGUCCUGUAUCAUCUUUAAUGUGGUAAAACAAUAACAAUAACAGCAGCAAAAACUGCCUUUGCUGUGAGGCUUGGAUAGUGCUUUUAAUUUCUCAGUGAAAGGGUCAUACUGACCUAUUUAGGACUUCGGUCAGUAAGAGGUAGUGGCUAUUUGCACUGAGCUGCUUUCUGAUGUCUUAUUACUUAUGGGUAAAUAAGUUUGGAACCCUUAUUUGGUCUUAAUGCCAAAGUAAUUUUAGAAUGAAUGACAUACUGCAUAGGAACUUAAUGUCAAUUUCAUUAAAGACAUCAUGGGGCAAAUGUGGUAGAGGUU